AGAAAAGAGCUCAAUCUUUGGGGCCAACCUUGUAGAGCGUGCACACUGAGACACACACCGUCUGUGGCCGUGCGCCGCAUUGCCAGGCAUUGCAAGUCAAGGGCUGAACUGAACCUGUGCAUUGUUGGGAUGAGUUGAUAGAUCAUUAAGAGUAUCCUCCGACUGAUCUCGGAUCGAAAAUUCGAGCUCGAUGCUAGAGAGAAGUCAAGACCUGGGAGCCAAUUCAGGACUAUACGAGCUUCUCUUGAGGCAACCCAAUGGAUUCUCUGGUCAGAGAGCUUGAAGGCGAACUGACUCGUCCUUGACAUCCGACUAAAAACUCAAUCGCGUGCAUUUCCUCUCAUCUCAGACGUAGAUUAGAAACGAAGGACGACAGUAGGAUCGUAGAUUUAGUUUCACCCGAUUAGAAUUUGAAGGGUUCAGGUGGCUGGAGGUCCUCUAGAGAGGGUUGAGUUCUGUACAACUGUGAUCUCCUUUGUGUUUUGAGUUCGAAAGAAGAUGGCGGGUGAUGGGGAAAAUGAAACGAGUCUUGAGGAUACACCGACGUACGCGGUGGCAAUUGCAGCAGCUGCUUUUAUUGCAUCGUCUCUAGCUCUCGAACGGCUCAUUCACAAAUUCAAAAAGUACUUGAAGUCCAAGAAUCAAAAACCUCUGCGAAAGGUUUUGGAUAAACUGACCGAAGAGUUGAUGCUUCUUGGAUUCAUAUCCUUGUUGCUGACGGUUCUUCAGAAUCCUAUCACUAAAAUUUGUGUAUCGGACGCAUUCGCAAGUCACAUGCUGCCCUGUGAAAGGCAUGAGCUAGCUGCAUCAGAUGCAAACGCUCCCGCGGCCGAUACUACUGCUCACAGAAGGCUGCUGGACUUAUUCGAGAUGGAUGCUUAUGAUUCCAGACGAAUGCUAUCAGGAGGUGGUAGCACUUACUGUAAAGACAAGGGCAAAAACUCUUUUGUGUCCUAUGACGGACUGCACCAACUGCACAUCUUCAUCUUUGUGUUGGCAAUUACUCACGUGACUUACAGCCUCUUGACUGUGUUAUUGGGAUUCGCAAGACUGCAUCACUGGCAACGAUGGGAGAAAGAAACUAGAGCCGAGAACUACAGCACCAAAGCGGAUUUAACGAAGAGAUAUUGUGACAAGCUUCAAAAUCCCAAAGCUACUGGCUUUGGAUUUGUUGACAGACACUCUCAUCCAUGUUACGAAAACAAUUUUACACUCUGGAUACUUUGCUUCUUUCAACAAUUCUUCGCCUCUGUUUCAAGGGAAGACUAUCUGGUAUUUCGAGUCGGAUUUUUGUCUAGUCACCAACUGACCGAAUCGUUCAACUUCCGUGAUUAUGUUAUUCGAUCCAUGGAGGUAGACUUCAGAUCUGUUAUCGGAAUCAGCUGGUGGCUCUGGGCCUUCGUGAUCCUCUUUCUGCUCUUUAAUGUUUAUGGCUGGUAUACUUAUUUCUGGGCAGCGUUCAUUCCCACAUUAAUUAUAUUAGUCAUUGGAGCAAAGCAGCAGCAUAUAAUCUCAACCCUAGCUUUGCAAGCGAAGAGACAUGCUUUGGAGGUUAUCGAUAGGCAGAAGGAUGACCCAGAGAAACAAGCAAUGACUUGUAAAGAUAUGGCGGAAGCCGUAAUUCCCAGCAAUGAGCUAUUUUGGUUUGAGAGACCGAAAGUUCUCUUGAAACUUAUACACUUCGUCAUUUUUCAGAACUCUUUCGAGCUCGCUGUUUUCUUCUGGCUUUGGGCAACAUUUGGCUGGAACUCCUGCAUACUUGGGAAUCACACGCUUCUAAUUGUCCGACUUGUUGUCGGGUUACUAACGCAACUUCUUGCGAGCUACAGUACCUUGCCAAUCUACGCUCUCGUCACACAAAUGGGCACACACAUGAAAACUACUGUGUUCUCUCCGGAUGUUGCCAAUGGUCUUCAAGUGUGGAAAGCUCGUGCCAAAAAGCAUCAGAGAGCUACGAAGACUGCCACCAUAGCAAGUUCCGCUCAGACGAACGGAAUUUCUGGAGCGGAUGGCAACGGCUCAAUACCAGAAGAACCGUCAACUGUUGUCACUGGCUCAGAAGGCUCCAGACACAUAGAAAUGUCAAACACACCUGCUGGUCCAGAAACCCAAUCAAUGGAAAGCGAUGACACCCAGAAGAAAUUCCAGCGCUUGUAUGGUAAACAAAAGGGACUCGAAAGACUACGUACAUGCCAGAUACGACCGAGGGACCAGUGAUAAUGUUCCAGGAGAAACUUCUCAGGAAGAGAUCAACAUACUGAUCACAUUCUGUACAUAUAAUUGCCACCUUUGAUCCCAUCACAUUGUCGGAAAGUUAGUUACUACAUCUUACAAUGUAUACGGCGAUCGUGCAGUAGGAUAAAUCUAGUCCAGCCACGCCCUGAUGUAUUGGAAUCAGCUCGUGGCUGUGCUAGUGCUGAGGCUCAGUCAUAAUGUCCGUCUUUCCUCUAUGAAGAUAGUCUUCACGGAAGGUUCGUAAAGAGGAUAUAGUAUCUACCGUACAGGCUUAGGCUAGUAUGGAAUCCACUAAUUUAACUAAUUAUUACCAGUCAAGUCUCUUGGACACAUCUUUGAGGUAACAUGAGCAAAUCUUUGAGAAUCUCGUCAAGGUCGCUCCCCACUAAUGUUAUUUCCUAGAGCUGGAGUCAUUGAGAUCUGAAAACAAGCAGAGUCUUGGUGUCGAAUAUCUUGGGGAUCGACAGCCUCUUGCUAGUUAUCGUAAUUUUGCUAGUACAGUAAAGACACACUGGCCUUUCAAGACGUAACCUAUCUAUCUCAGUAAACUUUGGCAAAUCUCAUUUUGCAAUGU